AGUGUUUGGCGGGAAAAGCAAAAAAAAAAAGAAAAAAGAAAAAUGGCGAUGGUGGAAGUUUGAUGCAGAUGCCUGACAGCGUCGUAAAAUCAACGACAAGAAGACGAAACGAAAGCGGAGAGAGAAGGGAGCUGCGCGUCAGCAUCCAAUACGGGCGGUCGGCAUGUUUGAGGACGUUUUUGAAGCCUCCUGCGUGGAGGAACCUCCCGUGCCUGCAAGUUGGGAGGAGAGCGAGGAUGACGUCACGCCAGAGGAUGAUGACGGCAGGCCGCAGGUUGAUGAAGGCAGGCCGGAGUCAAGCCUCAGCGUGGGCCAGUUUGUGCUGUGUCAUUGGUCGGAUGGCCUCUACUACCUGGGCAAGAUUCUCCGGCUCAGCCUGCCGAGACAGAGCUGCUUUGUCACCUUUGAGGACAACUCCAAGUUUUGGGUCCUAUGGAAGGAUAUUCAGCAUGCCGGUGUGCCGGGGGAGGAGGCUCGUUGCUCAGUGUGUCUGGAGACGGGGCCGAGCUCUGCAGCUCAAAUGAACCAAAUCCUCAUUUGUGGAAAGUGUGGCAUAGGUUUCCACCAGAAGUGUCACGGUCCUCCUGUAGAGGGCAGCAGUGAGAUGAGUCCCUGGUUUUGUCGACGUUGUGUCUUCGCCCUGGCCGUCAGGAAAGGUGGCGCUCUGAAGAAGGGGCCCCAAGCCAAAGCUCUGUUAGCCAUGAAGCAGGUUCUGUCCUACGAUCUGGAGGCUCUCGAUUGGGACUCUCAGCAUCGGACCAAUCAGCAGCAGUCUUACUGCUACUGUGGAGGUCCCGGAGAGUGGUAUCUGAAGAUGCUUCAGUGUUUCCAGUGUCAGCAGUGGUUCCACGAGGCGUGCACCCAGUGUCUGCAGGAGAGCAUGAUGUUUGGAGACAGGUUCUACUUGUUCAUGUGUUGCAUCUGCAACAAAGGAUUGGAGCAUGUGCGCCGUUUGUCUCUUCGCUGGGUCGACGUGGUCCACUUGGUUCUCUACAACCUGUCGCUGAGCAACAAGAAAAAGUACUUUGAACUGGACGAAAUUCUGGCUUUUGUGAAUGAGCACUGGGAACAUUUGCAGCUUGGAAAGUUGUCAAACACUCCUCCGGCAGACAGGGGGCAGCACCUGCUCGACGCUCUCAACAAGUACAAGAGCAAGUUCCUGUGCGGGAAAGAGAUCAAAAAAAGGAAGUGCAUCUUUCGUCUUCGGACUCGCGUUCCUCCCACGCCGCCCUCCAAACUUUUCCCCGAGCGUGCUCACGGCGAGGCGGGGCGGGGCUGUAAGAAGACCGUGGGCCACAUCAGUACUUUAUCAGAGAGGAGGAAGAGGAAGUCCAAAUGGUUGUUUGACGACGCCAUCCCCAAUAAUGAUCAUCACCACAUGGCCACCAUCUUUGACUUCACCCUGGACGAACUACACAAGCUCAGGAGUCGGACGUCGUGUGUUGAUCAGGACUCCAGCGACGUUUCCACGUCAGCUUCCGUGUCUACCAGCGGCUCCUUUCAACCAGCCAGACGAAAGGUGGGCAGCAGGAAGAGGAAGUUGCCCAGCUCCGCCUACAAGCAUUGGACCAUUCGUAGCGAAGCGGGGGAGGAGGAGCAUCCCGGAAGUACCGAGGAAGGCCCGUAUGCCGCCGACUCCUCCCACUUCCUAUCACGGCCUUCCGACGCGUCCCGCCUGCACUCGUCAAUCUCGUCGUACUUCGGCGCGUCGAACAGACUGAUGGAGGGCGAGCGUUACCACGUGCUGGCGCGCCGCGUGACCGCCGAUGGCGCCCUGCAGUACCUGCUGCAGUGGGAAGGCUCCGCACCUUACUAGAGGCGAGGUGCACACACGGCACCAACCCCCAUUUCGGACACGCUAACCCGCAAUGGGGUAAAAUCGGCAACGAUGGCCGGAGACGAAUUUGCGUCCUUCCACGGGCUUCAAACACUUUCAAUUGACCACAUUUCACUUCAUCGUAAUGAAAAAAACAUCUCGUAUAGUCAAGAGACGUUUUGUAAAAAAAAAAAAAAAAAGUAUAUUCCUGAGCACUUGUUCUUUGGCACACAUUUCCAACUAGUCUGCAAGCUUGCUUCAAGCUCUGUGUUCAUUAGAAGUCGAUUGCAAAAAUGCUCAAUCCAAGCCUGUUUGCUUCAUGCUAACAUAUAAUGUGAAAUGCCUUAGGUGCGCUAACGGAAGUUAGCAUCGAUCUCGGCGUCGUCCUAAGGCGUGGCGGCUGAUCAUAAAUACACACAAUAUUGAAGCAUCACAUUCACUGUAUUAUCUUUGUAUUAGUCGUAGUCGUCUUCGCGCAGUGAGUUGAAGGAGCUAUUGUACAUUUUCAUGAGAAGAUAACAUUUUAAUGAGAUAUUUAUGAUUGUAUUAUUGCCUUAUAUCAGUUAUGUACUGAUCGCUUUCUUAGGAGCUGCGGUUGUUGUGCGGUGCUUUUGUAAAUAAAAGUUUGAACGAAAUU